AUGCUGGUCGAGAGCAUUCGCAAGAUGGAUCACGUGCUCAAGGUCAUCGAGGCGGCCAAGCGUCGCACCAUGAUGCACAUGACCGGCUUCGCGGCUACGCUGACGCUGCUGAAGCAGGCGCUGGAGGCCCUGUUCGCGAAGACCGACGCCAACCAGACGCGCAUCCUGCACUCACGGCUGCUGACUGAGGCCAAGCCGAAGCAGGUCCAGGACGUUGAGCGUGUCAAGUGCGCCAUCAAGGACAGCCAGCUGCAGCUGCCCGAGUACGCUACGAGCGAGGAGACUACCAACCUGCAGACGGUGGACGUCGUUGUCGAUGAACUUAUUAACAUGCCGUUGCUGCAGCUCGUUGACUGGACUGCGACGUGGGCAAAGAUCGCGGAGCACCACUCGAGCGCGACUCACGUGCUGGAGUUUGGACCUGACCUUGGCGUGGCGAAGCUGAGCGACAAGUUCGCGGAAGGCCUGGGCAUCGAGGCGGUGAUGGCGACCGCCAAGCACCCCGUCAUGAGCACAUCGACGAAGUACACCCCUCACAUCGGCCUGCAGCAGUUCAUCGACGCUACGCCGACCUUAACUCCUGCCGAGGUGAUGUGGGCGAAGAAGUUCGGCCCGCAUGUGACUGCGUCGGGCGGGCUCUACAACAGGUUCACGCACGCGCUGAACAAGCCCCCCCCAUCAUGGUCGCGGAAUGCGGGUUUCCACGGCGAGCUUGCGGCGGGUGGCCUGUCGCGCCCGAACAUCUUCGAGGACGCGGUGAACGAGCUGGUGUCGAAGAUAAAGCUUGGUCUUGGCAUCGCGAUCAACAUGCUGUACCUGAACGUAAAGCUUGGUCUUGGCAUCGCGAUCAACAUGCUGUACCUGAACGCGAAGCACGGCGUGCUUAUCGAAAGCAUCACAAUUGCCACUGGUAUCCCAACGCAGGAGCGUGCGCUUGAGAUGAUGUCGCAGAUGGAGGCCGUUGGCAUCAAGGUGGUGUGCUUCAAGACCGGUUCGGUGGACGGUAUCCACGCGGUGCUGAAGAUUGCCGCGGCGAUGCCGUCGAUGACCGUGAUGCUGCCGUGGACUGGCGGCCGCGCUGGUGGCCACCACAGCUUCGAGGACUUCCACCAGCCGAUGGAGGAGACGUACGCCGCCAUCCGUCGCGUGUCGAACGUGCUGCUGCUGGUGGGCUCUGGCUUCGGCAACUGGGAGGACUCGAAGCAGUACCUCACGGGCGAGUGGAAAGCCUGCGGAUGGUGGAAGGAGUUCAACGACAAGUACUUCUCUAUCCCGCGCGAACAGGUGGAGCUGGUGCUCCGCCUGAACAAGCAGGACAUCAUCGCGCGCCUGAACGCGGACUACCAGAAGCCUUACUUCGGCUGUAAGCGCAACGUCGAGACGGGCGAGGUUGUCCCGACGGAGCUGGAGGAGUGGUCGUACGGAGACGUGUUGACGCGACUGGUCGACUUGACCUACGUGGAGGUGGAAGGCAAGCCGCAGCGCUGGUUCAUCACGCGCACGGAGGAGCGUUUCCGUCACGAGAGCGCUGGCGCACUGUUUGACCAGUCGGAGCUCAAGUCAAACCCGCGCGAAACGCUGAGCGCAUUCAUUGCGAAGUACCCUGCGACAGUGUCGACGCUGAUCUCGGUGCCGGACUGCGACUUCUUCCUGGAGCUGUGCCGCAUGGGUGGCAAGCCGGUGAACUUCGUGCCUGCGAUCGACACGGAAUCCAAGACAAGGUUCAAGAUGGGACUCUCUGUGUGCGACGAGCAGCGCGUGUUCACCCUGCAGGACCCCGUGGCUGUCCGCUACGGCACGGAGGUGGACGAGCCCGAGGUGGAUAUUCAGGGAGGCAUCAAUACUGGCUUCAUCAACGUCGUGAAGGAGAGCGAUGCGAUUGCUGCCGCACCGGUUGCUGCUGCCAAGCCGAUUGUGGACAUCGCCGGUGCUGAGGUCACGAAGAGCGAAGGCAGUGUGGAGGACUGGCUGGAGGCGCUUAUCCUGUCAACUCACGUCGUGGAGAAGAAGAUGUGGCUUGUGAUCCCGUACGUGAUCGAUGUCGCCGGUGUUCGCGUGUUCGACAGCCCCAUCGACAUCUCGGGCCCCGUAAUUGAGAUCACGAAGAAGGAGGCGUCGAUUGUCGUUGUGGUGAACGAGAUGGCGCUCCAGUACUACCCUGAGCUACCAUGCUCGAUCCACGCUGAGGGCAGCGGCUUCAUCGACAAGAUGUUCUACCCCUACUUCUGCGUGGCCAUCGAGGGCACGGAAGAGGAGUCGUGCGAGGCGGCGUGCACGGAAAGAGUGAUGUCUCCUUUCACGGCCGACUUCAGCAUCACAAAGGAGGAAAUCAUGGCGUACCGUACCGCGUUGGGUCUCAGUAAGGACGAGGAGGGUGCCCCCGCCGACUUCGUGACGAUCGUGCCGUGGCGUCCGCAGAUCCGGUCGGUGUUCACGAAGGAGGUGAAGGCCAACCUGCUGGGCCUGGCGUCCGCGACGUUCCUGCCUGACGACGACAUCGUGACUCACGAUGCUCAUGAUUCAACGUGCACGGUGGCCCUCAUUUCGCGCAAGACGGUGGGCGAGCAACUGGAGGAGGUGCUGUUGCCGCUGGUGGGGCUGCACAGCGAGUUCCUGAUCCGAGGAUCGUUCAAUGACUUUGAGCCGAUGUUUUUGAUCGAUAAGCCGACGGACGAUUUCGUGACCAAGCGCCAGGAGGAUGUGGAGAUCCUGAAGGCGAAGUCAUGGCUGAAGCUUGCUGCCGAGGCCUCGGUGAGAGUCUGUGUCCUCUUGUCGUUUGAGCUGACGACGAAGAAGCACUACGCGUCCAUCAACGCACUGAGCUUCGUGGAGGCUACGGUCGUGCUGUGCCGUGAAGAGGCUGGUUCGAAGAUGGAGACCGGCACGGUGCAGUAUGGUAUGAUGAAGCAGGCGCCGAUGGCGUUUGGGUGCCCUGGUGGUAUUCACCUGCGCACGACGUUCGGUCACUUCAUCCUCGAGAUGGUGCGGAAGAAACAGAAGUCCAUUACGGCGCACUUUUGGUGA